GCCGGCCAGGGGGGGCACGGGUAGAGCCCGAUGGGGCAGGGACGAAGGAGGGAGGGAGGGCAGCUCGAGCUCCAAGGUGUGUUGAUGGCAAGCAGCCAAAAAAUUUGACAGCAAGUCGCACCUCGAGUCUUCAACAUCCGACCGGAAGAAAAAAUCUCGUGAAAGCAAAAACCUACCUUCUUCCACCUAUCCAUCCUUCCUUUCCAACUAAAUCCUCCGAUUAGCACAUUUCAGCUGAAUUCCUCGCCCCAUCUCGACUGUACUCUGCGGGACAACCAGUUUCCCCAACCUUCAGCACCAGCAGCCACCUUCGCCCGCGUGCCUUGCGACGCCAGGAAAACAGCCACGAAUCUUGUUGCCUGCGCAUCUGAGCAGCUCGCGCCCCUCCUCGCCAUCUCCUGCCCUCUCCUGCCCUCUCCUGCCCUCUCCUGCCCUCUCCUGUCACAUCCCCAUCACCUUUCACAUCCCCCCGCCUUCACCAUGUCCGCGCCCGCAGUCCAGAACCCUCCUGCCCCCGCCGAGUCCAAGUCGGCCAAGAAGAAGAAGGCUAAGGUCGCCUCGCGCGCCGAGUCCCCCGCGCCCACCUCCACCCCGGCCGAGAAGCCCAGCUCGGUUGUCGGUGAUGCCGCCCAGGACGACGGCGAGAGUCCCUACGUUAGGGAGCUCCAGAAGAACAUCCGCAAUGUCAACAAGAAGAUUCAAAACAUCUCCAAGACGGACACCGUGGUGGCCGAGAACAAGGACAAGUCCCUGGAUGAGCUUGUCCAGCUCAAAAUCAUCAACAUGGAUCAGCGAGCCUCCAUCCUCAACAAGCCGCGCCUUCUGACCCAGCUGGCCCAGUAUGAGGAGCAGCUGGCUCAGUACAAGAAGAUCGACCUGGAGUACCGCACGCGCGCCGCUGAGGUCAAGGCUGAGGUGGAGAAGGCCCUAACGCAGCAGCACGAGAAGGACAAGAGCGCGGCCGUGGCUGAGAUUAAGAGCACGGCGGAGGCUGAGUCCAACAAGCUGCUGCACGACAGCCUGUUGGUCCUCUCUCAGUUCCUGCGCCUCGCGGCCGCACGGCGCGGCGAUGACCACAACAGCGAGCUUGACGAGAAUCUUGCUCUGGAGGGUGUCCUUCUGCAGGUCUACUCGGGUGACGAGGAGGGCGUUGCGACCAUGCUUAAGCUGGUCCAUGGCUCUGACGAGCGGACCAAGAGCGUGACGGCAGAUGAGCUCCAGACAACAUUUGCCCAAGUCAAGGAGGCAGCCAUUACCUAUGUAGUCCCGCUUAUCCCUUCUGCAGAGGAGCCCGCAGUUGACAGCAAGGCUGAGAUUGGUACCGACCCCACUGUCGCUAAUGCCGGCCUGACGGAGAUCGAUGCUGGUACCGACGUCGCUCUCACCAACGGCAACCACACCGAGGAGGCUGCCCCCGCAGCGCCUGCGAACGCCGAGGUCGCCGACGAGGCUGCCAACGCCAGCGCUGAGGUCUCUCAGUGGGAUGCCGGUAAUGCCAGCAUGUCCGCGUCGCAGGAGUGGGUCAAGGUACCCGAGAACCCUGUCGAGACGGAGGCGGCGCCCGACGCCACCCCUGCUGCCCCGGCCGCCCCGGCCAACACACAGGCCAACACCCAGUCGUGGGCCGAUGAUGCCACCGAGAACGCCGCAGAUGCUCCUGCUGCUCCCGCCGAUGCCAAUGAUGGCUUCCAGUCGGUACCGGGACGCAACCGUGGCCGUGGAGAGGGAGGAUGGCGCGGCCGGGGUAACUACCGCGGCCGCGGAAACUUCCGUGGUGAGGGCCGCGGGCGUGGCCGUGGUGGUCGCGGACGUGGCGGCGACCGUGGCGGCGACCGUGGAGGCGAUGGCUCCUUUCGCGGACAGCAGCGCCGGAGUGACGAUGCUUAGUGAGCAACCACAAGCUCCUCACGGCGUCCGAAUCGGCAGCCAACACAGAGGCAUUAUCGCGUAAAAACAAACGAACCUCGAGAGGACCUUGGCAGCGAGCCAAGGCCCUACGUCCUCCCCUAUCUGUUCUUCCACUCUCAUCAUCGCAUCAUGCGUCGGCGUAUCGGGGCACAACAGCGACAUCGGAAAACCGUGGCGUCUUUUGCCACUCGGUUGGGAUUUUCAGCCCUUUUGAGCCAGCAAGGUUGUGCUGGUUUUUGCUUUGUCAUACUUUCCCUUGUCCUCUAUCUCCCAAACCAAUCCCUCCCCGUCGACCAGACUACUUCAUGUGUCAGCGACGGUCCUUUCGAGGGGCGUGUGUUGUCCCAUAUUGUACCACUACCUUACUUCCUUCUUGUUGAUUGCCGCGACGAUGAGGCAGAGCUGGACGAUGGGACGACCUCCGAAACGACCUUCUCUCAUAUUUUGAUCGGACGUGUCACACGAGCCGAUCAUCCGUCACCCACUCUCCGCCUGCAAGGACCACACUUCUUGGUCUUGCCGCCACCUCUAUUUCCAGUUUGUCGGCUUUUGUUCUCCCCUUGUCGCUGAUAUUCUCACUGCUCAAGAUCAUGUCUUGGAGCGGUGGGGUAGCGUUGGGACCAUGUGUAAAUAGCAUCAUGCAUAUAUCGAGAUCUGGAAGGAGGGCGAGAUCAGGGGGGAG